AGAUAAUGCUCAUGCAGGAGGAUGCUACCUGCUCGUCUUAAGCAAUGUCUCAUAGGGAUAUCUCUGAGGUGGAGCCCGAAGGUACGUCAGCUUUGGCUGCUGGAUCAAGAUCUCUAUUUUUAGAGACAGUACGCCGUAGCAAUGCAGCUUGUCAAAAUGGUGAUUAUGCACUUGCUGCAAGCUUGUAUACAGAAGCCCUUGUCUUGGAUCCACUCAGCCAUGUACUGUAUUCAAACAGAUCAGCUGCUAGGCUCAAAAUGGGUUUAUUUGCACUUGCUCUCCAAGAUGCAGUUAGAGCAACCGAACUUAGUUCUCAGUGGCCAAAGGCAUAUUAUCGUCAAGGAGUAGCACUACAAUGUUUAGGAAGGCAUGGGGAGGCCCUUGUGGCCUUCAGUACUGGUUUGGCACAUGAUCCUUCCAAUUGUCAAUUAUUAUCUGGUCUGGUAGAAGCAUCUUUAAAAUCACCAUUACGCGCAACAUUAGAACCAACAUUUCAGCAGUUACGUGCAAUGAAACUCGAUGAAUCUCCUUUUGUUGUUAUCUCUGUUGUUGGUCAAGAACUUCUCGGGGCUGGACAGUACAAGGCUGCAGCUGGUGUAUUGGAAGCUGCGCUGACUAUUGGCUCUUGUAGUUUAAAAUUACGGGGUUCUGUAUUUUCUGCUCUAUCCAGUGCAUAUUGGGCGUUGAAUUCUUUGGACAAAGCAAUUAAUUACAUGCAACAAGACUUAGGUGUAGCACGAUCACUAGGCGAUACACAGGGUGAAUGUCGGGCUCAUGGAAAUUUGGGCUCUGCAUAUUUUAGCAAAGGCAGCUUUAAGGAAGCUUUAACAGCACACAGGUAUCAAUUGGUUUUAGCUAUGAAAUGCAAAGACACUCAGGCUGCAGCUUCUGCUUUGACGAGCCUGGGUCACGUUUAUACAGCUAUCGGCGAUUUACCAAAUGCACUUGCUUCCCAUAAGCAAUGCGUACAGUUAGUGAAACAAAUGGGAGAUCGACUUCAGGAAGCACGAGAAAUAGGUAACGUGGGAGCAGUUUAUUUAGCAAUGGGAGAAUUCGAAAGUGCUGUUGACUGUCAUACCCAGCAUUUGAGAAUAGCAAGACGUUUAGGAGAUCGUGUAGAGGAAGCAAGAGCAUUUAGUAACUUGGGAUCAUCUCACCACUAUAGACGAAAUUUUGGUCAAGCAAUGGCUUAUCACGAGAAUGUUCUAAGAAUAGCUCAAGAUCUUGGCGAUAGAGCGAUAGAAAUGAGAGCAUAUGCUGGAUUGGGUCAUGCUGCAAGAUGUGCAGGCGAUCUCGCACAAGCCAAGCUGUGGCACCAGAGACAACUUGACGUUGCAUUAGCUACAAAAGACAAAGUAGCUGAAGGACGAGCAUGCAGUAAUUUAGGAAUAGUUUAUCAGUUACUCGGUGAACAUGAGGCUGCACUUAAGUUGCAUCAAGCUCAUUUAGGUAUUGCUAGAUUGUUAGGAGAUAAAGCUGGCAUGGGGAGAGCAUAUGGAAACAUCGGAAAUGCUUAUAAUGCGUUAGGAUAUUACGAACAGGCUAUUAAAUAUCAUAAACAGGAAUUAACGAUAAGUAAAGAGGUAAAUGAUCGUAGUUCAGAAGCCAGUACACAUGGGAAUUUAGCAGUUGCGUAUCAAGCAGUACAGGGUCACGAAGCAGCCUUAAGGCAUUAUAGGGCACAUUUAGCUAUAGCUCGAGAGUUAAAGGAUACAGCAGGUGAAGCGUGUGCUUUACUUAAUCUUGCCAACUGUUUGUCAUCUCGUGGCAGAUUCGAAGAAGCAGUUCCAUAUUACGAAAAUUACCUUAUGCUAUCACAAGAGCUGCACGAUGUCGAAGGAGAAGCAAAAGCGUGCCACUUCUUGGGCUACGCUCAUUACUGUUUAGGUAACCAUCGUGAAGCUGUUAGAUAUUAUGAUCAAGACUUGGCAUUAGCUAAGGAUUUACAGGAUAAAUCGGGAAUGGGAAGAGCUUACUGUAAUUUAGGAUUAGCGCAUUUAGCUCUUGAAAAUUUAGAUACUGCACUGGAAUGCCAAAAAUAUUAUUUAGCUAUUGCACAUAUGACUAAGCAUUUAGCUGGAAAAUUUCGAGCAUUGGGGAAUAUCGGUGACUGCCUCUUGCGUCUUGGUGAAGCUGAGGAGGCGAUAAAAAUGCACCAACGACAGUUGAAUUUAGCGCGUCAGGCAGGCGAUCGGAGUCUAGAAGCUGCUGCCUAUGGAGCAUUAGGUAUAGCUCAUCGGACGAUAAAAAAUCUUGAUAAGGCUCUAGGAUUUCAUACUCAAGAAUUAACUUUAAGACAAGAAGCCGGGGAUUUGCGUGGCGAGUGUAGAGCUCAUGGAAACUUAGGUGCGGUACAUAUGGCAUUGGGUCAAUAUACUCAUGCAGUUAAGUGUUAUCAGGAGCAACUUGAAAGAGCAAAAGAGUUGGCUGAUUCAGGAGUCGAAGCUCAAGCAUUAGGAAACUUAGGGAUUGCUAGACUUAACAUGGCACAUUACGAAGACGCAAUUGGAUACUUUGAACAGCAACUGGCAACUUUAGAACCUUUGACCACGGGUACAGCUCUGUUGGACAAAGCGAGGGCUCUUGGUAAUCUGGGUGACUGUUAUGAAGCAUUAGGAGAUCCAGAGGAAGCUAUUAAGUGUCAUGAACAACAAUUGGCAGCUGCUACGAAAUUGAAAAGUAUAAGAGAACAGGAAAGGGCAUAUCGAGGGUUAGGUAGAGCUCGAGAAGCGACUGGAAAUUUGCAAGAAGCAUUGGUUUGCUUCGAGAAGAGAUUGGUAGCUGCUCAUGAAGUUGACAGUCCAGAAUCAAGAGGUGCUGCUUACGGAGAUUUAGGCAGAGUGCAUGCUGCAUUAGGUAAUCAUGAACAAGCUGUUAGUUGUUUAUCGCAUCAACUUGCUCUUGCCAGAGGCCUUGGAGAUAAGGCUGGUGAAGCAGAAGCUGCUAGUGGGUUAGGAGCAGUUCAUUUAUUAAUGCAUGAUCCAAAUUCUGCUUUGCGUCACCACCAAUUGGAACUGUCGAUCGCCGAAGGUUUAGACGCAGCUGGAUUACAAGCUAGAGCUUGUGCGAAUUUGGGCAUAACCCAAGAAGCAUUAGGGCAAUUUGAAGAGGCCAUAAGAUUGCAAGAACAAUCAUUAAGUCUUGCAGCAGCAGCUGGUGAUCAGCCAGCUAGGGCAGCUGCAUUUUCUAGUUUAGGACGUCUUCAUCAUUUAUGUGGUGACUUGUCACGAGCCUUAAGUUACCUGCAAUCUGGGCUAUCAUUAUCUGAAGGUUUAGGAAGAAGAGAGGAAGCAGCUAGAUUGAGGCACAGACUUGGACUUGUUCACUGGGAAGCUGGUGAAGCGUCUAUUUCUGUAGAGCAUUUGGAAAAAGCGGCAAAUUUAUUCGAAUCAUUAGAUGGAACCUCUUCUGUCCUUAUUUGUGGACAACCGGGCAAGUCCGAAUUGUUAUCAGAAACGUAUAGAAUGUUACAAAAAGUAUUGAUUAGUUUAAACAGAGCUGAAGAAGCUCUAAACUGGGCAGAAAGAUCGAGACGUUCUAAAAGUAACUGUUUGGAUGAUGCUGCACAUUAUUCGGAAAUCAUUGAUAGGCAACGUGGAGUUAUAUUGUAUUAUAGUGAAGUAGAUUGCGAAUUACAUGCUUGGUGCUUAGCUCCUGGUCGAGGUUUGUUGCGGUUUCAUUCUACUACUUUGGAUGAUGGCAUAGGAUUGGAAAAACGAGUUUUGCAAGCACGGGAAGCUCUCUUAGAUGAAACGAGUGAACUUGUCGAAGAAACAAAAACACCGUCACGAGGACAUCUUAACGCUAGUUCUUAUAGCUUGAGUAGUUUAUUUAGCGUGGGUUCGGUCAGUUCCCGAGCAGGAAGUGCUCGAUGGGGACGAGGAACGAAGGGACCAACAUGGCAACCCCCACUGCCGAUUCAAGUACUGUACGAUUUACUUUUAGCCCCAUUCGAAGAUCUUUUACCGCCUGCAAGGAAGGAAUUAAUUAUGGUAGUGGAGAAAUCGUUGUAUUUGGCACCACUUCCAGCGUUACAAUCGAAUCCUGGAGAAGAUUAUCUGUGCGAAAGAUUUUCCUUAUUAGUUGUACCAUCUCUUGCAGCUUUGAGAAAACGAUCAAAAACACCUAUGCCAGAGGGUGGCGCCACGGUAGCCGCGUUAGUUGCAGGAAAUCCUAUACUUUCCGAAGAACUCAGAGAAGAGUAUGGGUGGUCUGAAAGCGUAUCUUCUACCGAAACAGAAUCUGAGAUUGUUGCUGAACUACUGGAAGCUCGUGCAAUAACUGGGGCAGAAGCAACUAGGUCAGCUGUUCUAAGAUCUUUACCGGACGCAGAAUGUGUACACUUGACAGUACCAGUUUUCUGGAACUCCAGUAGUCUGGUGUUAACUGCCGAUCAAUGCGAAGAAGCCUCUGAAAGGCCAGAGUAUCUAUUAAGUUAUACAGAUAUUGCAAAGUUGAGAAUAUCUGCGCGUUUAGUGGUCAUAUCCGGUGGCCACUGUUGGAAUAACACAGACAAUACAAGUGCUACAGCAGACGGUGUACAAAAUUUAGCCAGGGCUUUACUAAAUGCCGGAGCACAGUGUGUACUUAUUGGAAUGUGGGCUGUUCCACCCACGGCUGGCAGUAUUUUAUUACGAGCAUUUUAUAGCGCUAUGUUACAAGGCGCUCGAGCAUCAAGAGCAUUGGCAGAAGCGAUGCAAACAGUUCAGCACACAAGGCAUUUCGCUCAUCCUGCAAAUUGGGCUGGUUGGCUACUCGUUGGCGGGGACGCGAGAUUAUCGAAUAAAGUUGCUCUAAUGGGACAAGCACUUGCUGAACUAUUGCGUGGUGGUCCUGAACAAAGUCGUGAUGCUUUACGUGUAACACUUCACUUAGUUGAAAAAUCACUCCAACGAAUACACCGGGGACAGAAAAAUGCUAUGUACACAACUCAACGUAGUAUUGAAAACAAAGUAGGUGCAGCUACAGGUUGGAGAGAACUUUUAAUGUCAGUGGGAUUUCGAUUUGAACCAGCCGGAAACGGGAUUCCGUCCUCCGUAUUUUUCCCGCAAAGUGAUCCCGAAGAAAGAUUAACAAGAUGUAGUGCUAGCUUGCAAGCAUUGCUAGGAUUGGGUCCAUCAUCUUUGCAUGCACUUGUCAGGCUAUUACAAGCACCAGAAGCUGCAGAGGAUGUUAUCGCAGCAAUGAGAAGAGCUAGUUGUGCAACAGAAGGUCAAGAAGUUACAUUACCGGUACAAGUGUGGAGAGCAUCCGGCUCUCAUGAAUUGUUCGCGAGUUUAGGUUUUGAUCUUAUGGAAGUUGGACAGUCUGAAGUGACAUUGAGAACAGGAAAGCAAGCAUCACGAAGAGCUGUUCAAUUCGCUCUUCAAGCUCUUCUUGCCUUGUUUGAUACGCAAGAAGCACCCAAAAGUUUAAGCUUAGACUCUAGCAGUUCAAUGGAAAGCUUAGCUUCUGUUGCUCAUACUGAGAAAAAUGUCAUAGAACGGCCUCGUCUAGGAGGUGCGUUUGCGAAUUAUGUUCGACAUCGAGGUGAACCGGAUGGAAAAACUAUGGAACCACCAAACGUUCCUAUUCCUACAUCUCGUCAGCCAUGUCAAAACGGAGGAGGCGAGUCGGAUGUUGCUUUUACUCCCAGUCCUCCUGUAGCACUCAAUUUAAAUCACCAAACGCACAUUAGAAACCUUUAUCCUGAUCAAAGCAUAAGACCUGGAUCUAGUUCAAGCAGUUCAGUAACAGACUGGGAUAAUGGGCAUGCGACUGUGUUAAGACGGCAACCAUUACCUCCUUUACCAGCGACUAUCUUAGAAAGAUUAAGUGUUAGAACAGAAAUUGGAUCUAAUUCUCCAAGGAAACCGCGUCACCCCACGACAACUGAAGAUAUUUGUUCUCAGUCUGACACCACGCAACCUGCGGAAACGCAUAAUCAAAAUCUCAGGAAUGUGGCGACGUCUCUCACAAGUCUUACGCGUGAAUUAACGCCGACAAUUUCAGAAGUGUAUCAUGAGCGAAAUUUAGGAUUAGGAUUAGCGCCAUCUUUGUCAAAAUUACUAGAGGAAGUGGGUUCUGUUCCGGACAACGAGGAAACACAAUCGACACAAACAAGUCACAAUCAGACUCAACAUUGGAUACAAAAUGAAUCUGAAUUGUGUCGACGUGAUGAGGCAGAUGGUAGAUCCAUUGCUGAAUCACAAUGCAGUGCUACUAGCUCAAACAAAAUCCAUCGUAAAGCACCUCCUCCUCCGGUAUAG